GUUUAAAUUAGGGUUUUACUUCUAUUUUUAUUCCACACAAACCCACACGCCCACCCACAAACCCAAUGGCCGACGAAACUCCAGUAGCCGCCGUCGAGCCCAACGAUUCAUCAACAGAGAUGGAUCUUGAAGUCAACACAGCCGCUGCAGCAGCAACAAAAAGAGGGAGAGAAGAUAAUGAAUCUCCAGAGAAUGGAGUUGAUGCUAAAAAACCAAAAAUAGAUGAUGACAAUGAAAAAUCUGUUGAAGAAAAAAGACUUGAAGAAACAAAAACUGGCCCUGUUUCUGUUGGCUAUAAAAACUUUGAUACUUCUGUUGAGAUUUUUGAUUACUAUUAUAAGUUUCUUCACUUUUGGCCUCCAAAUCUCAAUGUCAAUAAGUACGAACAUGCAAUGCUGCUGGACUUGCUUAAGAAAGGACAUUCUGAAUCAGAUAAAAAGAUUGGCUCUGGCGUCAAGUCUUUUCAAGUGCGUUACCAUCCACAGUGGAAAAGCCGGUGCUUUUUCUUAGUCAGAGAGGACGAGACUUCUGAUGAUUUUAGUUUCCGCAAGUGUGUGGAUCACAUUCUUCCCUUGCCUGAAAACAUGGCAGUGAAACCUGAUGUCAACAAGGCGUUGGGUGGUGGUCAUGGCGGUAGGGGUGGCGGCAGAGGCGGUGGUCGUGGAAAUUGGCGUGGACGUGGUAGAGGGGGCAAACCAAGGAACUGAUGAUGACUCCGUUCUUGGUUGUUUGUGGUAUACCAGACCAUAUAACAUAUAGGAAACAUUGCAUUAGUAUGUACUGUUUACUAUUUUCGCAUGUUGGAUUUUGAACUUUUGCUAUGAAUGAAAUUUAUUUGGAAGUUAAA